AGGAAAAGAAAGCAAAAAUGGAUCCAAACAAGCCACCAUUCCAACUGAGACUCCCUGGCGUUCGACAUGUUCCAGUGGCCCGGGGUCGAGGGUUAUUUGCAGACGAGCCCUUGUUAGGGCGAGCCAGAGGUUUGGGUGUAACUGCAGAAGAGCUCUCUGUUGGGCAAGCUCGGGGUUUGGCUGUAGCUUCAGAAGAACCUUUGCUCGGGAGAGCUCGUGGUCUGGCUCUAAUCACAGAUGAGCCCUUGUUCAGACAAGCCAGAGGUUUGUCCAUGACGGUAGACGAGCCUUCAGUAGGUCGUGCCCGAGGUCCUCCUGUAACUCCUGCUGAACUGAUUGCUGGGAGAGGAAGAGGUCUAGUGUCCACUGCUUUAGACGCCCCAUUGUUUCCUUAUGGCCGCGGAAGCCCAGGGUUCAGCAGUGACAAGCCAGUUAGCGUUACACGGGGAAAGGAGGAGGAGGAGGAGGAGAAGGAAUAUGACAAUGGUGGAGGUGGGUUUGGCAGAUCCGGAGGGCUUCUUCACCCAUCUCAGGAACCUACAGUGGGGAAAGGAAGGAGCAUGUCGCUGUUUGUGAAAGAAUCCGAGCCUCCAGGUCAAAGUGAACGUGUGGACACGUCUGAAGCUAUUCCCUGCUUACAGGAGGAAAUGCGACCCAACGUUCAGGCUGAUGUUUCAGGUCCAGGGUCGUCCCUGGUGUCCUUAUUCAGAGGAAUGGGCAUUAGCCCAGCCAAAACAUGGGGCAGAGGAAGCACAGCGUUCGGACGAGGUGCAGUCGGUGAAGACAAGGAUGAUGUUCAGGCCCUUGCGCCUCCUGUCGUAUCUGCAGCUUUCAACGUCGGAGAUUCACGCUACGGUAUCGGUUUUGCAGGGAGAGGACCGAUUGGAGUCGGAAGAGCUGCUGGUUUUCCACUGGGACGAGGUUCCAGUGCCCCACUUUCACCCCUGAUCCUGAAAGAGAUCCCCGUGACCCCGGCGACCUGCACUCCGAAAGCAGAGCUGAAGAUGGAAGCGGCGCGCGAGCCGUUAAAGAAAGUCGGAACGAAGGGGGAUCCGGUCUCCAUCGGCUCGAACUACGUCCCCAUCCGGUGCAAGAACGAAGCGGUGUUUCAGUACCAUGUCAUCUUCACGCCAAAUGUGGAGUCAGUGAGCAUGCGCUUUGGAAUGAUGAAAGAUCAUCGGUCCACUACAGGAGACGUCGUGGCUUUUGAUGGUUCUGUACUUUAUCUGCCAAAACGUCUAGACGAGGUCGUUCAUUUGAAAGCGGAGAGGAGAACCGACAAUCAGGAAAUUGAUAUUCAAAUCCAGAUGACGAAGAUCCUGCCCCCGAACUCGGAUCUGUGUAUCCCGUUCUACAACGUCGUCCUGCGCAGAGUGAUGAAGAUUUUGGGGCUAAAUCUGAUAGGCAGGAAUCAUUAUGAUCCCAAAAGUGCAGUUGUUCUCGGCAAACACAGGCUGCAGGUGUGGCCAGGUUACUCCACCUGUAUAAAGCGCACAGAUGGAGGUUUGUACCUGUCUGUAGAUAUUUCACACAAAGUGCUGAGAAACGAUUCCGUCCUGGACGUCAUGAACGUGAUCUACCAGCAGAGUCGAGAAAGCUUCAAGGACGAGUGCACCAAAGAGUUAAUCGGCUCCAUCGUCAUCACUCGCUACAACAAUCGAACCUACCGCGUCGACGACAUCGAGUGGGCCAAGUGUCCCAAAGACACCUUCACCAUGGCCGACGGCUCCGAGACCACCUUCGUGGAAUAUUACAGAAAAAACUACGGCAUCACCGUGAAAGAACUGGAUCAGCCCCUGUUGGUCCAUCGACCAAAGGAAAGGUCCAAACCCAGAGGAAAGGUGAUAACAGGCGAGAUCCUGCUGCUGCCUGAGCUCUCCUUCAUGACCGGCAUCCCAGAGAAAAUGAGGAAAGACUUCAAGGCUAUGAAGGAUCUGACGGUGCACAUUAACGUGAGUGUGGAGCAGCACACACACUCGCUCAAGCAGCUGCUACACAACAUCAGCACCAAUCAGGAGGCAAUGAAGGAGCUGUCACGCUGGGGCCUCGAGAUCAGCUCGGAUAUACUGGUGGUUCAGGGAAGAACUUUGCCCAUGGAGACGAUUUGUCUGCAGUCUGCCACUUUCGUCACGCCUCCGACUGUUGAUUGGUCGAGAGAGGUGGUCAGAGACUCGUCCAUCAGCUGUAUCCCUCUGCACUGCUGGGCGGUGUUCUACCCUCGCAGGGCUGCGGAUCAGGCGGAGGAGCUGGUGGCCACGUUCGGGAAGGUGGCCGGGCCGAUGGGACUCCGACUGGACCGUCCGAUUCGGGUGGAGCUGCGUGACGAUCGCACCGAGACCUACAUAAAGAGCAUCCACUUACAGCUCAGCAGCCAGCCCAACGUCCAGCUGGUGGUUUGCAUCAUAACCGGAAACCGAGACGACCUGUACAGCGCGAUUAAAAAGCUCUGCUGCGUUCAGAGUCCGUGUCCCUCGCAGGCGAUCAACGUGCGCACGAUCUCGCAGCCGCAGAAACUUCGCAGCAUCGCGCAGAAGAUCCUCCUGCAGAUCAACUGCAAGCUGGGAGGAGAGCUUUGGACGGUCAACAUUCCCCUGAAACACUUGAUGGUGAUCGGCGUGGACGUCCAUCACGACACCAGCAGGAAAACCCGAUCUGUGAUGGGAUUCGUGGCGAGUCUGAACAGCCUGAUGACAAAGUGGUACUCCAGAGUUGCGUUCCAGAUGCCCAACGAGGAGAUCAUUAACGGCUUCCGAGUCUGUCUUCUGGCUGCCCUGCAGAAAUACUACGAGGUGAACCACAGCUUCCCGGAGAAGGUCGUAAUCUACCGUGACGGAGUUUCAGACGGUCAGCUGAAGACCGUGGAGCUUUACGAGAUCCCGCAGAUCCUCAAAUGCUUCGAGACGUUCCCCAACUACGAGCCGAAGCUGGCUUUCAUCGUCGUGCAGAAGAGGCUCAACACGACCCUGUACACAUACGGAGGCGAUCGGUUCGGAACACCUCAACCAGGAACCGUGCUUGAUCACACCGUCACACACAGAGACUGGGUGGAUUUCUAUCUCAUGGCUCACAUGAUUCGUCAAGGCUGUGGCUUCCCUACGCACUACGUGUGCAUCUACAACACCGCGAAUCUCACACCGGACCACCUCCAGAGGUUGACGUUUAAGAUGUGUCACUUGUACUGGAAUUGGCCCGGGACGAUCCGUGUGCCAGCCCCGUGCAAGUACGCGCACAAACUGGCCUACCUGUCAGCGCAGUUCCUCCACUCGGAACCCGCCAUCCAGCUCUGUGACAAACUCUACUUCCUGUAGAUUUUUCGCAGUACUUUCUUCGCAGCACUUUUUUUGCGGUUUUUGUUGUUGCUGCUGUUGUUGUUGUUGUUCCUGUUUGUUGAAGUUUUAUAGCCUUUAG